UUCGGAAUUCUGCAAAGAAAAGCAGGUCAGCAGGUCAGGCUGUUGGAGGAAAGAACAGCGAGCGUGUAUUCUCUUGGUCGAGGUUCGUCGCGUGUCUCGGGACCGGUGGGGACACAGUGACGAAAGAGCUGGGAGAGUUGAGCGUAAGACUGAAUUAAAUGACGAGGAUGGGUUGUACUACAGUGGACAGUUUGUCGCGCGAAAUGUCGAGGAUGCCGCAGAAACUUCGGGCUUCCUUUGGUGGCGCGUGUGCCAUCGGAGCACCCGCGCGAAAAUCAACAAGGUUCAGAGGGAAGGAUAUGCGCAGAUGCCCGCAAGAUGAAGCGAGAGCAGGUAGAGAGGAGGACUGGUCGGGCUAGGUACCUGGACGACUGCACCAGCGCAAGGCCUGGCGGACUUAGUGUUGGAGCAACCCGAAAAGGCAAGAUCGGAAAGUGGUUUGCAGGAUGAGCGGCACCAUCAAUUGCAAAGAGCGAUAUCAACUUGGCUCGUCCAAAUGGCUCAAAGCGCGAAUCAGUUACAGGAUCGGGGAGGGUAAGGAACGUCUGGGAAUGGGCCGGGGUUGGGCGAAGAAAACGUUAUUAUUUGUCACAGACUCCUCUAGCUUCUAGCAGAUCCAUCUGCGCGUCUGCCAUUCCCUUUAGCCGUCCGCUCUCCGUGGGCAUGAGAUUCGUUUGCUUUGGUUCCCGACUUCUCUCGCGUGGACUUCAUAUCUAUCCUACGCCUCUUCAACUCCCCAUGAACUGAUUCUUCCUCUUUCGAACCUCUCCUCUCUCCAUUGCCAUACCGACAUGGUCGCCGCCCUCCACGGUGGUGACCUCUACACGCCCUUCCCUGCUACCCAGAUAAUUGAGGAGGGCUUCCAGUCCAGUGAGGAAGGUUCUGAUCUGCAUUCGCCUAUAUUCGAGCAUUCACAUGGGCACGCCUCACCAUAAAAAAGCCCGAUAUCACCUUGGUCACCUCCCUCCCGACGUUGCUACCACCUCCUUCGUCCAGGCUCCCCCAUUUAACGCUCGCUACGAUUUGGACGUUCAGAUUCCAGACAGCCAUCUCCUAGAGACGCUACAGAACCCGAGUACAGUCCCCGUUCACCACCAGUUGAUACCGUCACCUCACCAUGAUUAUGGGAUUCCGCAACCGCCUAUGCUCACUCUUGGGCCGCAUCCCGGUCGUUCGCUGCUACCCAACAUAAGUCCUGUAGAUGAAUUCUCUUUCAAUUUACCCCAAAGUAGCCUCCCGGAUCCGCAACUCAAUCUCUCGCAUGAACCCAUGGCGCCAGCGUUAUCUCGAGCCAAAUUGUCUAUGCCGUCACCUGAACAGAAGCAGCAGCAACUGCCGUCCUCGGGCAAACCGAAAGCGGCUCCUGCGUCGAGCAGCAGUCCUUCUACCUCGCGACCACCACGUCGAGAGGCUUCUACCACUGUAAUUGCCUGUCAGCAAUGUCGUGCUCGCAAGAUUCGUUGCGACUCUACGCGUCCCGUGUGUAAUAACUGUACGCGACGCAAUAAUGAGUGCGAAUAUGACGCAGUUCCCAAACGGCGGGGUCCCGAUAAACGGCCUGGUACUCGGCAACGCUCAUGCAAAAAGCGGCAUUCCGAGAGCGAAGCAGCUGGGUCUCAGGCGAAGAAAAAACGCAGGACCUCUGGCGACCACGAAGGAAGUCUGAUUUCCUUCGAUGUCAAGGAGAAUGUUACGGCCAAUACCAAGAAAUCCUUGCCUUUGUCACGACUGAACCCGGAUGACGCGACUGGCUUGCAGGUACCACAACGGGCUCAACUUGACCUUGAGACUCGACAAGUCGCACCAGAAGCAAUAUACCCAAAAGAUGACCAUUGGCAACCCAUUCGACGCUGUCCAGUGUACUUUGAGUCACUGGAGCCCACUCUGAACAAAUAUUUCUCUCGACAGGUCGACGUGAAUAUGCACCGGCAGCAUCAGGACAAUCAUGAACGACAAAGCAUCCUGCCCCUCUCACCUUCUUUCCAUUAUACUCGCCAAACUUGGUGGGAUAGUCUCCUCGAUACCUAUUCUACUUCUCGUGAUCAAUCUGCGACUCAGAUCUUCGCGGACCUUGAGUUCCUACUUUCUUCGAGCAGCUAUUGGCUAUUCUUUCUCAAUCCUACUGUAUUCUUUGAAGACCUAAGCAAUCCUCAACGUCGUAUUCUCAUGCAACCUUCUCUAAUCCUAUCUGCUCUUGCUCUCGCUACAUUGAUGAAGUCUAGCGACAUUGAAGACGGUGCAGCCGGCCGUACGCGUGCACUGUACUUUCGCGACAUUGCUCAAGCUUCUUUGGAAGAAGCGUGCAGUGCCCAGGCAGUUGACUUUACUCUCGCGGAAGCCGCUUUGAUCAUUGCUCUCUUCGAGUCAUCUUCCCACCCUGAUUAUUCAUCUGAGCGCGCCAAGAAUGCUCUUGAGUUCCUCGACCGCAUUAUCAUGACCCUAUCCCUGUCUCGCACCGACCAGUAUGAUCCGGAUGCGCUGCAGUAUGACCCCCGCGGCGUUCCUGUUGUCAUUGUCCCUGCUGAACGUUGUAUGGGCACGACAUGUGGGUGCCUGGGGAACUCCGCCAGCGCCGAUGUGCAGACACAGUCGGCUUUCUCAUUCAGCUUCAAUCCGCCCUGGGACCCAAAUUGGACGCUCGACGAGAUCCGAAAAGAGGAAUGCCGUCGAAUCUGUUGGAGUGCGUUGACCCUGAUCGCAAGCCACACUUCCCAGUGCGCAGCGUUUCACGAGGAGCCCUUGCGCUUGCAGCUGGCAGAGCCGUCUAACUACUUGUUGCUAUUUCCGGGGGAAGCUUACGAGCGCUCCGUUGCUCAUCAGAUCCCUAGGCAGUCGCCCAAAGAUUCUAUUUGGGCAUUGUACUGUCGGAGCAUGCUUCUUUGGAAUAGCUGUAUGCGCCAACGGGAUGACUCAUGGUCGACCGACGAACGCGCGAAUUUUGCUGUCGAUGCCUGGCGCGAAAUUUCAGCCGUUCAGGAAGCUCUCGACGCUCAUACAUGCAAUAUGGAGACGGCAUUGAUGUAUGUAUCCCGUGAGUAUCUUUACAACACUCGAAUGACUAUCACGUACGAACUUCGUCGCAGUCUAUCAGACCUCGACACUCUGGGUCCCUCGAUGUUCAAUCGGCGACAGGCGGAGGAGUGGCUUUACUAUCAGGAUCAAGUUGCGUCGAGAGUAAAGAAAUCUGUGAUGCAUCUCGGAGAAGCUUCUGGACACUUACUAUCCAGAAGGCCCUUUCAGACUACGUGGUUCGCCAGCCAAAUCGCCAUUUGCCUCGCCUUAUGGAACUACGACCGCGGGUUGACCAACGCCCUGGACUUGGCCAAGAGUUUUCUCACUCCUUUGGAGAUCCUGAACGCCUUAUGGCCCUGUGAAGUUCAACGACUUCGCCGUGACGAACUCCGUCAACAGCUCGAGGACGCCUGCCGUGCUGCUUACGUUGCCCCACCCCUCGCUGCUGAAUUCUCUCUUCAUCCUAUGGUGCGGGGCUCCACAUGAUUCCCAUCGCAUCUCAUGCCACUAGACUAUCAUCCAUUCCACGGCCUUUCACGCUUCUAUCUUCUUGUCAUUCUUGCCUUCACAUUUCGCAUUCUUGCAUUUUCUGCCGUCAUUGGUUAUUGGUUUCUUCGCAUCAGUCUCGCUUUCUGUAUCUUCUACUCUCCUUGUAUCACUUGGUAUGUCUUCUAUCGGAACCUCACACACGUUAUAACUAGUUUGAUACCUUCGCCUCCCCCGCUAUUUCAUCGCGAUCCCUUCUUUCGCUUCAGCUUUCACCCCGAACUUCCUUUAUCACAUUGUUUUUGUUGGAUUGUUACGCUCUCUUCUCUGGACGUCGAUGAUCAUUCAUCUUGUAUCCUACACUCCUUUGUUCAGACCAGAUGAAACAGAUCAUUCUUGCCUACCAACAUAGAACCGGCCCUUUGAAUUACUUUGAACACCGGCCUAUCUUUGUUUCUGGAGAAGAGAAGGACGACACUGACGUGAGAGUCAAACUCAACAGAUGUAUUAUUGUGCUUGAAACAUGAUGUUAUGUUACGACAUGGU